AUGUUUUUGUCUGCAUUAUUUCUUGUUAUGAUUUUAUAUGAUUUAACGGACAUUCAUGUCUUGGCAUGGAGAGUAUUUGGGUGCAUUCCUUUUAUUUAUCUGAUUUUAUAUUUCAAUACAGAUAUGCCUGUUUAUGUAUUAUGGAUGUAUUUACCCACUCUGUCAUACAUUCGUAUAUCUAGUCUUGAAAGAAAUUGUAUAAAGUUGUUUGAAUAUACAACAUGA